AUGAUGCUCCUUGCUGUAGGUCCCAACCCCCUCGCCCCCAGUGAGGCGGCCGCCCUGCGGAAGCUGCUGGGCAGCUCCUCGACCGUAGGGUCGGACGAUCUCCGAGAGGUGGUCUCCCCGCUGCCAUACCCAUUUUCGGCCCUGGGACUCCUGCUGUUAGGAGAGCCGGAGGACGUGUCAGGCACGAGGGCCACCGGCGACCAGCGGCGGCCCGGCGGCGGCGCUGCGGCCGCGAGCGGCGGCGGUGUCAACGGCGGCGGGUCGGCUGCUGCGGCGGCAGGGGACCUGAGCAUCUGCACUGGGUUGAUGGUCAGCCCUGACUUGGUGCUGACUGCGGCGCACUGUUUGUACACCGUGCCGAGCGAGGUCCAUCCCAACCGCCCCGCCGGCUUUCGGAGGGUGCUCGGCUUUUACCCAUCCUACUCUCGCUCGCCGGACGGCGCGGGCUACGCGCCACUCGGCAGCAUCAGCGCAGAGUGGUCGGACGUGCCCAAGGAGUGGGUGGCGGCGGCAGCUGCCGGCACCUUCCUGUGGAAGCGGGACAUCGGAGCAGUCAAGCUGUCGCGGCAGGUGGGGCUGGAGACGGGCUGGUUCGGCCUCGCUGCUGGCUGCGACGUCGCCGGUGCCAUGCUCGCAGGCGUGGCCAAGGAGCGCGCUGCCUCUGGCGCCGGCGCCGCGGUCGCGGCGACCGUGUCUGCGGCGGUGUCGGUCGCCGGGUUUCCCGGCGCGAGCAUGGUCAGCGCGGCCGGCGGCGGCGCUUACUUUCCGCUGAUGGGGGACCAACGCUGCCGGCUCGGCGGCGCGGCGCUCUGCCCCACCGACGACGGCGGCGAGGGGCGCAUGGCGGGCAUGCUGCGGCACGCGUGCGACACCGGGAAGGGUAUGAGCGGCGCGCCACUGUGGGUGCACGGCGGGACCAAGGAGGCGCGCGCCGCGGCAGCCGCGGCGGCAGCGGGCGGGCUGGGAGGGUGCAAGCUGGGCGGAAACGGCGGCGGCGCGCGCACGGCUGCAGGGGAGCCCGAGGAGCCGCCGGCCGUGGCGAUGGGCGUUGUAAGCCGCCACGUGGGGGACUGCCCCUGGGGCGCUGACUGUAUCAACGUGGCGGCACCCAUGGACGCCACGGCGAUCGCGCAAGUGCGCGAGUGGAUCCUGCGCCCCUGA